AUGUCUGCUGUUGGAACUUAUUUGAAAACUUUAACUGCCCGUCGUACUAUUUACGAUUUAAAACCAGAGUUACCUGGUGAGAUUACUGUCAAAGACAUACAAUCCGUCGUCCAAACCAUCAUCAAGGAAACACCUACGGCUUUCAAUUCCCAGCCAAACCGUGCCAUUAUCUUAACUGGGAAUACUCAUAAACAGGUAUGGGACCAAGUGACUAACGCUAUUGAAAGUAGCGACGGUCAAAAGAGACCUGCUUCGGCAAGAGAUGAGGCCUUUGGUUCUGUGAUCUUCUUCACCGAUGAUACGGUUACCGAAAAGCUAAAGGCUGACUUUCCAGCUUACGCAGCUGCAUUUCCAAGCUUCGCAGAUCACGCAUCUGGUGCUGCUCAAAUCAAUUCGUGGGUGGCAUUAGAGGCCAUGGGCUUGGGUGGACACCUACAGCACUACAACGGUUACAUAAAAGCCGCCAUUCCAAGCAAGAUCCCAAAUUCUUGGACAGUACAAGCUCAAUUGGUCUUCGGUACUCCUGCCGCUGCCCCAGGUGAAAAGACCUACAUCAAGAACGAUGUUGAAAUCUUUAAUUAA